GCGCAGCCCGGCGCCGCGGCAGCGCUGCGGGAGGAGGAUGGCGGGGCUGGCGUGGAAGUGGCCGCGCACCCGCCUGCCCGUGGGGGCCAGCGCCCUCGGCGUCUUCGUCCUCUGCUGGCUCUACAUCUUCCCCGUGUACCGGCUGCCCGACGAGAAGGAGAUCGUGCAGGGGGUGCUGCUGCAGCAGGGCAAGGCGUGGAGGAGGAACCACACUGCGGUCGCCGUCUUCAGGAAGCUGCUGGAAGACUGCUGCGACCCUGGGCAGCUCUUUGCGAUGACAAAAUUGAACUCCCCAAUGGGAAAGAACCUCUGGUUUGAUGGGGAAUUUUUGUAUUCUUUCACCAUUGACAAUACAACUUACUCUCUAUUCCCACAGGCUACACCCUUCCAGCUGCCACUGAAGAAAUGCUCUGUGGUGGGAAAUGGUGGGAUUCUCAAAAAGAGCGGCUGCGGAAAACAAAUAGAUCAAGCGGAUUUUGUCAUGCGGUGCAACCUUCCUCCUCUAUCCAGAGAAUACAGCAAGGAUGUUGGAUUGAAAACCCAGCUUGUGACUGCAAAUCCCAGUAUAAUUCAGAAAAGAUUCCAGAACCUGCUUUGGUCUCGAAAAGCAUUCGUGGACAGCGUGAAGGUGUAUAAUCACAGCUACAUCUAUAUGCCGGCCUUCUCGAUGAAGACGGGGACGGACCCCUCCCUACGUGUCUAUUACACCCUGAAGGACUUCGGUGCCAAGCAGGCGGUGCUUUUCGCCAACCCCAAUUUUCUGCGUGACAUUGGCAAGUUCUGGAAGAGCAAAGGUAUUCAUGCCAAACGACUAUCCACAGGACUUUUCCUAGUCAGUGCCGCCCUUGGUCUGUGUGAAGAAGUAACAAUUUAUGGCUUCUGGCCAUUCUCAGUGGACCUGCACGGGAAGUUUAUUAGCCAUCAUUACUAUGACAAUGUCUUGCCCGAUUCUGGAUUCCAUGCCAUGCCGGAGGAAUUCCUACAGCUCUGGUUCCUUCAUAAAAGUGGCGUACUGAGAAUGCAGCUAGAACAAUGUGAGGACCCUUUAACCCAGUCUUCUGCCUAAGGAUUGUAGCAGUUGGUUUGGGAGAUCCACUAGUUUUUAAUUUCCAUGCUCUCCAACAGAGAGUUCUGAUUUUCUGUUGAUUCUUUUUAAAGGGAAAUAAUCAUGGAUCUGCAUGGACCGUAAAAAUGCUACUUGAAAGCCAAAUAGAGUAUGUCCUUAAUGUAUGUUUUAUGGAACUUGGGUGGGGGGGAAAUGAACCUCUCCAUCAAGUCCAUUCAGCAGUGUCGUGAAAAUAAUGUCAGAAGCAACUCAAAUGAACUUUCUGGGUGACGUUUUUAAAUGACCGAUGUAAAAAGGGCAUUAAGGCUCGGAGAGAAACAGGGCCACCCACAAGCUUUUGCUGACAGUGCCAAAUAUGACUGUCUGUUCAAAACUCCAUUUCAUUCCAGACUGGCACCUCAUACAACUUCCUUUUUUUUUUUUUUUUUUUUUCCUUCCCGUGUGUGUAUGUUUGUGUGUGGUGGCAAGGGGUAUAGAGGAGAGUGUGUGUGUUGUUGACUUUGUUUCAUUUUUUUUUUUUUUUUCCAAUGGAAGAAAAGGGGAAGGUGUGAAAGCCUGAGGAGCUGAGUACUGUCAACUCUUAAGACUUGGGAAUGUGAAGGGUGCUAAGAAUCUGGUAGAAGAAUGUCUUGGGAAUGUCCUGCUACUGAGUAUGGAUGGACCUACCUGUUGUAGGUUUUAUCAGGAUAGUUUAGGUCGUUGCUCUUAUAUCUAUGCUAAUGCUACCUUAUGGGCAAGAGCUCACUAAGGUAAAUUGGCUUGAAGAUAAAAGUUGUGUUACAAAACCAAAAGUGAAAUGCAACCAGGUUUCAGCUGACCUGCUGCAAGAUUUCCACGGUGACUUUGGUAGCAUGGAUUGUUCCUGACCUGUUGUGCUGUUUCGCCUUUGGGAUUAGUUCUGUAUUCAUUUGGACUCUAGAUGUUCAGAGACUAUCAAGGGGAUUUGAGGUGUUUGGUGAAAUGCAGAAUGAGAUUCUUCAUGUGCUUAUAACAGAAAAAUUGCAGAAAUGAAUGUAAGCAUCAUUUAAAAUGAGUUGAAACUUUGCAGAUCCUAUCUCUUUGUGUGACUAGCUCUUCUUUUUGGAUUGUAACAUUAGCCUUAAAGACUUGUACGUCUCUUGCAAGAUUGUCUCUGGUUAAAGAGAGUCUGAAAAGUAAAACAGCCUUUGGGAGCACUGAAAAACUACAUAGCUAGCAAGAAAAAAAACAAAAACAAAACAAAACAGAAAAGACAGGCAAUUACGUAAUGCAGCCUUUCUCCUUGCAAUCAGAGAAUUAUGUAAGCGUGCAUAUUGCACUCUGGCUGCUUCGGUCAGUGCAGUGCCUAAAGGACUGUUUUAUUUUUGGGUAUUACUUGGACAGCGGAUGAUCCUAUUGCCAUGUAAAUGAAAAAUCUUUUUGUUUGCUUUGUUUUAACACUGUAGGACAGGAGGAGAAUACCUGCUUGGUCCACAGUGCAAUUUCAGCUGCAAGAUGUUAUCACCAUUAACUUUAUAAUCCAAAAUAAUGUUCUCUUGCUUCUACUUCUAUCGUUAGUAGCUGAAAUUCUAGUCAAAAUGUCAAAACAACAAAACUGUCAUCAGGUUUCCACAACAAUUUCCUGUGCUACCUGUUUUAGCUCCAGAGUGCUAGUGUUUUGGGGGAUGUGUCCUAUCGUAUGUUGACAGCCUCUCUCUUUGUAGACUACAAGCUGCAAGUUAUAUAAUUAAAAAAAAAAAGCAACACCCCUGGCUCUUCCUUAAAUAUGAAUAAUUUGACUAUCUAUGUGGGACAUUGAUAAAAGAUCUUAUUUUGCUUUUUAAACAUGUGUUUUGGAAUAAAAUCUUCUUCCUAAAUAUGUAUAUUCCAAGCAUACAGUGCGCAUUGUUCUUAGGAUUACAGUGUAGCUCUAAAUUGCAAAGGGGAGACUUGGAUUAAAUACUGUUUUAGAGAUUGUUCUGAUAAAAUCUGAAUGUGCUAUUUUAACCCAUUUUAUCUCUGUCAGUAUGUUUUUUUUUUAAGAACAAUCAACACACUGAUGGAACAUCACUGAUAAUUCGUUCACUUGGAUUAUAUUUUAUCUAUGUUGUGGGUACUCAGUAAGGAAGGAUUUUCUUUACUGCUCAUUAGGACAAAUUUUUACUGAGCUGCCUUUUGUAGAAAACAGGUGCCUGUGUGGGUUUUUUGAGAUGUAUGAAGUUUUACACUUUUUAGUGCUUUAAAGAAGAUGCUAUCUGUGAGAACAGCAGUCAAAAUAUUGUGUGUUAAGAUGACACUUCAGAAGGAUGCCAGCAUUUCCCUGGGGCAUGGAGGAAUUAGGAGAGUAGGGGAGAACUGCCUCUCUGCUGGCCAUUUUUGGCAUUUCUACCAGCACUUGGGAAUUCAGUUCUGAACUUCUCUGAUUACUCUCUCUGGAAAUCCCUUCUCCCAUGUUCUGGGAAAAUAAUAUGAGUAGAUGAAGAAGAGAAAAAUGAGUAUUUUUGUGGAAAACCUCAAUGCAUUUGAUAGGGAAGUAGAGACUUUGGAGAUAAUUAAUUUUCUAUAACUUCCAGAAAACUAGUAGCUUAGGAAAGAAGAGAAACAAAAAUAAAUUCCCCUUUUGAGAGAGCAAGUCUACCAUGGGAGCUCAACAGAAACCUGUUCUGGUUGGCUGACUUGGCACUCCACGCAGGCACACUGGCCAAGAAGCAGCUUUUUGCCCUACAAUUGAAAAAGGAUGCAGGUGGGUUCUGUAAGUGUUUUACAGCAAGAGUAGUCACAGAGAAAAUGAAAAUCAGUUGGGAAUCUGAGAGUGGCAACUGCCUGACAAAAAUCUUGGAGUUAAUACACUCCAUUCUUUCUGCUACUUAGUGUGAGACAUACCUGGUACAAAUCUAGGGGAGGUGAGAACCAUGUAUAGGAUUCUUGAUAUGAAAUGUGGAGUUACAUGUAAGGAUUUGAAGUUGUGCAGUAAGUGCAGUCAGAUCCAGGAAGAUAACUUAAGCAUUAACAGAGAAAUCAGCAUCUCAGAGUUAGCAAACUUUGGGCUGAAUUGUUAUAUCCAUCCAAGCACUUACCUGGAUGGUUAAUUUCUGUCCAUUGAUAGUAGUGUCCUUACAUUUCAUUGCUUGUGUUGCUGUAUUUUCCUUGAAGUGAAUAGAAAUCUUGUUGUUAGUGAAAUUUCUUACUCUAGCUUUUCUAUUUCCACUGCCAGCCCCUUAGUUUCUCUGGUGGUGAGGUUAAAGCUACACAAGCCUGCGCCAGGUUGAAAGCUACUGCAAUUCAUCUUCACUAAAAACUAGUUCAGGCUUGCCAAAUGAUUUGUUAAUGUUCUUAGUUAUUAAUUUUAUCAUAGUGCUGCCAAGAUACAAAAAUGCUGGAAUCAUUGCUCUGUAGAGAAUGCCACCUGAUUAUAAAUAGAAUGAAUCAAAUCCCUUUACGGGAGCUGUGCAUGGAAGAUAUUUGGCACUGAAAUCAGUCUAGGUAUAAUCUUUUUGGGUGCUUAAAUGUUUUUGGGUAAACUGAGGCCAAUGUAUGAGCAUGUGCCAAAACGGUGAAAUUCCUCCUUUCCAUCGGUUAUGAAUUUUUGAAGCUCGUUCUAAAGCAGACAAUUGAAAGAAAAGCCAGCAGAUUAAAAUAAUAGGAGUGUAGGUGCUCAUGAGAAUAAAACAUUUUUAGAUUUGACACAGACCUUGCCAUAGUUUUAAGGACUCUUCUUCUUGAAUGCUGUAUUUUUAUGUUUUUGCUGAUAUGAAGAUUAUCAAAUUUGGAAUGAACUAGCCACAGAAGUCAAAGAUCCAUGCCUCUGUUACAGCGUAACUUUCCUAGAAUGUAGAAAUAUUGGCUUUUUUGUCAGCUUCACUACUCUCACCUUUUUGUUAGCUUCAUCAGAAUGGUGUCAUAGCAUAAGUUGCUGAUUUUUCAUCUCUUUGGAAGCUGAAGCUGAAGCAAGGCAUCUGCUGUUUUAAACUGAAUCUCUGAACUGUGAUAGUUGUGCAAAACACUUUCUUCAUGAAUAUUUAUGAAAACUGGUUUAAUAUCUGGCUCACCCUCUUCUGAAAUUGACAAUGAGAACAGGAGUGAGGAAAUGUGUAAUCUAGAAGUGGGGAUGACGAGGGAGGAGAAUGCUAACUCACCAUUUGCUGCCUGCUUUGGUUCUCUUCUUCAUCUUGAUAGAUCGAUAAGCAUUGGAACAAGUCUAGGUUAUACAGAGGACAGGCAGUUCCCAGGGAGCUGUAUAAUGAUGGAAAAAAUGAAGAUCAAAUCAGUGGUGUAAUAAAUUGGACUGGAGGAAUUCUGGAUAAAGAUGGCCCAUUCUAAGUAACUGUAGGACAUUUUCUUCUGACAAUGACUGAAAAAUGGACUGCCUGUGACAUAAGGCUUUCUGCAGGAUGGCAGCAAAGCAAAAUGUGAUGGGAGCUAUUGCCACGAGGCAGUGAAACUGAUUAAACAGAAGUACAGCAGAACUAAGAGUGAUGGUGAAAAAUCCAUCUUUCCCUUCUCUACUUCCAUUCCCUCAGAAACAGAAGUGUAACAGACUUACCAGCUAUUGUCCUAAGUCAGCACCUCCUUCUUGAAAGGAUAUUGUGGGAUAUCUGUUAGCUGAUGUUUCUUACUAAAAAAAAACAGCAGGCCUUGUCCAGAAGUGCCUGGUCCCCUCCUUCCUGGCUGUCUGGGGGGUGCUCUUGGGACUCUUGGUACACUGUGACCACCCUAAUGAGAUCUAUUCCUAAUAUCACAUAGUCCCUCCACUUGGGAUUAUCUGAGCUUUUUUUUAGGCCCUAAGAAGUCAUCCAAAAGCAUCUUUGCCAUCUUCCUGAUGAGUAUCCUCCUUGGGUUUAGAAGGGUGAUUUAAAAAAUCAGCCAUGAAGUAGAUAAUAUACUUUGUCAUUUUCAACCAUCUUUUCUUUGAAAAUGACUGAUAAAUCCAAGAAGAAUUGAAAAUAUGACUUCAUUUGGGAACUGAUAAUUCCAUCACUGGAGAACAAAAGGAGGAUGGAAGAAAGAAGUGUAUUUCAUAAUGAUUGUUGUAGAAUGACUUGUACUUCCUCACAUUCCCAGAUUUUAUUACUUGGAAUCUGUUAGACGUUUGACUUUUUGGUAGUUUUUGAAUGAAACAGUUACUACAUGACCUAGUGGCCUCCUAGUUAAAUAUUAGGAAACUCAUUUUCCUGAAGGAAAUACAAAUAACCAACAGGAGGUUUAACCUAUUCUCCCUACCUGAUAUUUUUUUUUGCAGCAACGAGAAGUUAAAGUUAUUCCUCUCUGAUUAUUCAUUUUCUUCAUUUUUUAUUACAGCAGGAUGAGCCCUAUUGUAUUCAGCCUCUUUAGCUUAGUGCAUGUACUUAAAGUGAAUCUCACCAUCUUUUCAUCUGUUAAAAAAAAAAAAAAGCAAAAAAAAAAAAAAGUGCUCUUAUUUGAAAAUGAUUGUGUAGGUUCUCUUCGCAAUCAGGACAGAGAUGGGCACCUCCUGAUGGCAGUUCUUGCAUUUUCUGAGUCGGAACUGCAUUCUCUGAGGUCUCUGCAGGACUGAAAUCACCCCAGCUGUGUUUGUAAGGCAGUGAGAAGUUUGCACAGUUUGCUUUUGAGCACAAUACCAUGGCUUCAUUGCCACUGACAUGGCACAGUGACCCACUCCCCAUAGUUCACAUGGACAACACUUGCUUGAGCAGGUCAGCUGUGCCAAGCUCAGCAAACCCUGACAUCCAGCAAGUAGUCCUCACCUGUGAAAAGUCAGCAGGGAUGGGCAGGACAGAACUGACCAUCGCCCACCUCUGGGACUGAGCAGCCACAGUGUGGCUCCAUAUAGCACCGCCCAGGGUACGAUCAAGCAAGUGACACUGCAGAGAAGGCUGGAGAUAACGGCAAGAUUAUCACUCUUGUCCUUCACAGCCAGAAUGCUGGGCUUGCUGGAAACAGUGGCAUGCUGUCUAUCCCUUUGGAGAUCAGCCUGCUUCUCGCCCCAAAACACUUUUGACUGCUGGCAAGUCUCAGAAGCUCCUAUUAAAACUGCAUCUUAAAAUGAUCCCCAUCUACUCUCUGCUGUGGUUAUGUUGGUCAGCUUUCUGUUGAGACGAAUAUUUAUCCCAUCUUGGUCCCUCUAAGGCAGUCAGCACUCAAAUCACCUUGAAUUUACUGUGUUAUUUAGUGUUUUCACCUUUCAAGUUAAACCCUUUUUUUUCUUUUAGCCUAGACAUUACUAUUGUGAGUGAACACAAAGGCAGCGUAAGAAAACGUCACCACAAAUAAUUGUUCUCUGGGUUUAGGUUAAAGCCACUGCUCAAUAAAACAUGAAAGUACCCUUUGAAUAAUUCCUGGUGAUUUCUGAUUGUACAUUCAAUGAAUUGUUUUGCUCAGCUGGGGCCCAUAGCAAAGGUGUGUUGCAUCAUUUUCUGCUUAUUGGAAAUGAACAGUUACAGAGGCAUAAUAUAUAUUAAACUACAUUCUUAACAGGAAGCUAGGAAAUCUGCAUAUUCCAUGAGAAGCUUAGUUUUUGUUUGAUUACCUUGGUAGUUAAGGAAACAUAUACACUGAAAAGAGGUGCAAAGAGGAACAAAGAUUUUGACUGGAAAAACAUCCUCUGGAGGACUGAGGCUCAGAUUUAAGUCCCUCUCCGGGGUCUCAAGACCAGGAUCUCACCGUGCUGCCAGAGGGCUGAAAUGAACAUUGAGCUGAGGUGAGACAAGGCCUUACACGGUCACACUGUUGCAAAACAAGCUUGACGGUAUGCUGAAGACAUCUUAUUUGAGAGUGACACUUUUAUGUGUGGGGAGCACACUGAAAGGCAAACAUCUGAUGAUGUGUAAGGCAAGGACUUCCAAAAAACCUGUUUUUUAAAUUUAUAUUGUAAAUGAAAUGCUCACUGAGCCAAUAUUGAAUUAGAUCAGCAUUCAGUGCUCUUGAAAUUCCGACCCUGUGAGCAUUUCCAGAAAAACUUCCAUGCACCGGCAGAAAUUGUGGUUUUUUGCUUUGUUUGUGCUCUUCACCUUGCAUUGAAAAUGGAAUGAAACCUCAAUCAGAGCUCUUAUUUACCCUUUUUAGAGGUCACUGUAAACUGCCUAGAUAACAUAUAAGUACACAAUUAAAUAGAUAUAAAAUGAAGCAGAUUAUAGGCUGUACUUUAUAACUCAAACACUGAUAUCUUAAGAAUUACUUUAAAAUAACUUAGUGAAAAAAAAUCACACAUUUUGUGAAAAAAGGGUCCAAUUUUUUGCUAAAAUAUGCCAGUAACUGAAGAAGCAGUUUUCAAGUUAUUCAGCACUUCUAGCUUUGUUACUCAAGUCCGUGCUUCUGCAAAGCUUCCAGUUUUAGGCUACUUUCAUUUUUUUCAAAAUGAAAUAUAUUAAAAACCUCACCAAACUGAGAACAGUGGUUUAGAUCUUCUGGGGUCUGUUACUAUUUGUGUAUGGGCAUUUUUUGGUGGCAUCUAAAGAACUAGAUGAAGAUCAGAAAGGAGAUAAGCAAAGUAAUGCAAUUUUUAAUAGAGAAAGGAGAUACAAACCUAUAUUUCAAUGCUUUGCUGAACUGGGACUUAAGUUAUUAAGAGAUGUAAGUUCUUUGUUCUCUCACUUCUCAGCUCCUCAGUUCUUGUGGUACUGGGGAGAAACCUGCCAAGUCCACAAGUUGUUUCAAACCUCCUCUCCACCAUGAGAAUACGGUGAACCUUCCUCUUGGCACUCAGUCUGGAAGUACAGAAACACAGCACAGGAACACAGAGCACUUCAGGUUUAUUAAUAUGGAAUGUGACCAAGCUUGCAUGCAGUAUUUCGUACCUUUCUUGUACUAAUUACUCCAUUAACUCUGAAGUACAGCAGAGACUUUCUUAUUUCUGAUGCCACUUAUAGGGUGUUUGAUAUCUUUCUUCCUACUGCGAUUGUUCUCUUGGGUGAAUGGAGAUUUUACUUAGCUCACCCACUGAGAAAGAGAUGCUGUGAGAUUUGGUUACCUCACGUUUGGAAAGUAACGGUAGAGAUUUUACAAACUGCAAAGCUUUAUCUCCUUUGAAUAGUAAAAGCAAGCAAGUAAACAUACAUAUUUAUUUGAAGGAAUUUAUGCUUCCAGGUUAAAACCCACCCUCAUGGUUAGCGAGUACAUGAAGGACAUUACCUUCAGAUAAUGCAUAGCUUGUAAAAGUUAAAACUCAUAAAUUUUAAUGAGAAAAACAGGUUUUCCUCUCUCUGCCCAAAUCUCCAAUUUAUAAGCCAAAUUCUCUGCUCUCUUCCACCACUCUGACUCUGGACCGAUCAAUAGAAUUGCACAGAUUUUAAUCAGCUGCCGUGUUCUCAAACCUGAGGGAAUUCAUUAUAUGAAAAUUUUAAAUUGAGUUGUUUCAAAGUGAAGCCAGGCUAUGCUGCCUACUUACAGGGGCCUAUUCUGUAAGCUACGGGAUUUUUUCCCACAAGUGAAGAUCGUGGAUGUUUUCUGCUGUUCCUUGGUUGCUGUUGUGAGGCCAAUAUCUUUCUGCAUUUCAAACAUCUGUUGCACUGAGGUAUUAUGAUCUGAAAUCAAAUCAUGAUUUAAGUCAUGUCCUAUAUGAGGAAUUGUUGCAGCAAGUUGCAGAGAAGUGGUUCAUGUACUGCACUAUCUGCCAAGUAUAUUGUGCAAGGCAGAUGAAAAUGAAAAAAGGAUUUUGCUGCGUGUGAAGCCUCCCCAUUGACCGCCUGUAUCUGAGAAUUGGAUAUUCUCAAGUGAUUUAUGCUUCAUGAUGGAUCUGAAGACUGCUAAUGCUUCCACUCAUUGUCAAAUAAUUUUUUUAGACUUUAAUAAUUCAAUGAGAUGGUCCUUUUCCCCCUGCUAUUCAAAUGCAAUUUUUCUUUUCUGAUAAUUCUUGUAGGGAAAGAAAUUUUUCUACUGACAAUUUAUAUUAAAGGCUCAGCUCUAGUCUCAGAUAUCAGUUGUCUUAAGAUGUUGAAAUGUUGGUCUUUUGUUUUCUCCCUGUGUAGUGCACAAUGGCUUCUUUUCAUAAUACUGCAUAUGAUGACUGACAAUGAAGUCUCGACAAGUUAUUUUCCCUUUCAAACAUUAAAACUCUGAAAAUUCUUCUGGCUUUCAUGGAACACAUUCUGACAGCAGGUGUCCAGGUAUUAGGCUAAAUUACCUGCAGCCAAAUCUUGCAUCUUUGCCUUCAUCCCUGUGCACUCAAAUCAGGCAUCAGUAAAAUACAAAUUAAUUUCCAAAACUGUUUUCAGCCUCGAUGUAAAAUGAGGAUUCUUUCAAAAAUGCUCAUAAUAAUGACCUGCUACUAUUGAGGUGAAAAAAUAUUUUUUAUUUUCAUUGCAUUCAAUAUUUUUUAUUGUCACAAAAGUUACUAAAUCUCAGAUGAGGUAUAAACAGCUGAAGUCAAUAUGUCUGGUUGUCUUCAUGGUUUCUGUGCAUUUACUCUUUUCCAUUGGCCUUCAUUAUUUUUUGUUUGUUUGCAUCUCUGAGACUAUUUUGCAGAUUCUCAUGGGAAUCACAGAAUCAUAGAAUGUCUUGGGUUGGAAGGGACCUCAAGGAUCAUCACGUUCCAACCCACUUGCCACAGGCACGGCUGCAAGGCACUAGAUCUAGUACUAGAUCAGGUCACCCAGGGCCCCAUCCAAUCUGGCUUUGAACACCUCCAGGGACGAGGCAUCCACAACCUCUCUGGGCAACCUGUGUAUGUCAUGUACACAAUAUAAUGCAUCCUAUCUCUAAACAAGUAGAACAUCCACCUAAAGCAAAUCCUUUCAGAUAGAACUUUGGUAUUUUUUCACCUGGGAAUUAGCAUAUGCCUUCUGUGCAUCUAAUAUCAAAAUUAGUGCUGAGUGUAAUGUACAGCAAUUGCACUUUGUAAUGUUUCUGCUCCUCUGGAGGCUUACUAGCAGUCUGCAUUUUAAAUGAAGGGGAUUUUGCACUCUUCUGGAGUGCUCAGGUCAGAAGGCAAAGCACUAAUCCUGGUGCUAGUGUUUGGGCUCUCUUAGAAGCAGAAGCAAUUUCAACUGCUGUAUUAAGUGAAUAGCAGCGCUGCCCUUCUUCCUAUGUUGUAGAAGGGAAAGUGGUGCAAAGCACUCUCAUGCCAUGUUUUAGCCCUUUACAGGUUACCUACUUUUAAAAUUAUUAUUAUUAUUAAUGUAAUCAAGGACAAAAAUAGUUAUCUAAGUUAACAGAUGAAAUCUUAGAGAGAUGAUGCAGAAAUUCUGUCUUCACAUGUAAAUUUCAAGACUUCUAAGCCGCUGUAUUUCCUAUGCACACAACUCACCCUGCUUUAACAUGUGCUACUGCUGGUUCCAUCUGGCUGUCUCUGAAAGCUCAAGAGAAAAGCAAACACAGAUAUGAAGGAAAUUAAAGGUGCCUCACUGUGAUCUUUUUAUAGAGUGGUAUGUUGCUUUGAUAAUGAACUGUGAAACAUAGCAUGCAGAUGCUGAUGAAUGUAAACGACUGCAUGUGUUCUUCUUUUAACGUUGAGUCCAUGAGGUGGAUUAUUAGUAUAAGCUCUGUAUUGUAAAAACACUGAAGAGAAGUGGAAAGAAGACACUUCUAACUAUUUGUAGUGAACCACAUCUACUACCUGUCUUUUCAUGACCAGCCUCUGAUUCUGGUAAUGUAAGCUUUACAGUUUUAAUGGUAAUAAGCAAACUUACAAGAGGAGUAGCUCUCUUCCAGUCCAGUAUGCUUCCUUCCAGCACUGUAAGGGAGUACCUGUCUGCAUUUCCAUCAGAUGAGACCCCUUCCCAGGCUUGGGUUGGCAGGGCUGUGUUGGCGGGGCGAUCAGUGCGACUCACACUUAGUGUGUGUUUCCUGCCCACUGAGUUCAGUUAUCUGGUGGUUGCCACUCUGAUAAUAAGUGACUGGUUUGGUGUGUAGGUUCAAGGCUCCUGCCUUCACCCUUCUGUCACACCACCUGUGCAUCUCAGACCUUCUGCUUUGUAUCUGACCCCACUUGCGGGUCUGGCUCUGAGGGCGGCCUGCUUGCCAGGGCAAGCCCUCCUCUGGGUGGAGUGCUCAGGCAAAGUAAGGUUUGCAUCAAUGGAGAAAUAGAGCUGAAUUUGAAAUACCACGCAUGUGUUUUUGGUAGGAGCUCAGUGGUUGAAACAAGCUGAGCUGGGAUCAGUCUGUGGUUUGUAGUAAUGUUGGUGUACAGGAGCACUGGCAGGACAGACCCACGGUGUCUCCUGGCUUUUAGGGACUAGGCAGAUUUUGCUCUCUCACACAAGACUGAUGUCAGCUGGUGAUGGCAUCAUUUAUCAAAGAGCAAUGGGAUGUGGGACUUUAGUGUUAGCUGGUGAAUUUUGCCCUUGUGUUAUGCUAGUAAUUUGAUUUGCAUCUUUCCUAUCUUGACAAGUUUAUUGAAAAAAAGUGAUGAUAAUGUGGUAGUUCAGUGUCUUGAGAUGGUUUUAAAGUGGAUAAGCAAAUUGUUAUGCCUCUGAGGUUGUGUAAUUCUGUGGAUUUGUCUUACCUCCAAUGUAAUAUUAAUUGUAUUGUUUGAGAUCUGUGUAAGCUUUACAGGCUGGAAGUUGUGUCAAAAUGAUACGAGCACUUGGGUAAACAUCCUGAAUCACCAUCAUUCUGGCAUGCUCAGGGGCAAAGGUACUUGUGUAAAGUGUUUUAAACAUGGCAAAGUGUGUUGCUGUUUAGAGUAUUGUGAUUAGGGCUUCAGUCUAACUGUCUCCAGUGUAGCAAAUGUUUGCUGAUGGCUAACACUGUUACAAAGGAUUGACUUUCUUUGCCUGGCAAUAAUGUAUUUUCUAUUAUGUUAUUAUGUCAAGAGUCUGUUCAUUUUCAAGUAGCGUGCUGUAAUCCUUUGAAGAAUGUCUUUUUUUCAAGUGGUUUCAUCGUGAAUGUACCCCAAAAUGUCUAGAUUUCUUUCAAUAGCAAAGAUUACUUUGUUAUUGAGUGUAUUAUUUAUUAAUAGUACAUUGUUGUCAUUUUCUAGUCACAUUUUACAGAAAAUACCAUUAGCAUCUCAUAUGAUCUUUUAUAAGGAAAGUCUUAUUUAUAAUAUUCAUGCAAGUGGACGGAAACAAAUCUCAAUUUUAUAGUAGUCCAUGCCAUUUUUCAUAGCUGAAGCAUCUUAAUGAUCAUGAGUGGAAGAGACAGGCUCACUGUUUUAAUUUUGAUGGAACUUUUCAAAGGUAACUGUUAUAUUAUUUAUAAUUUGAUUUUACUUAUCUUAACAAAUAAAUAUCUCCAUUUUAAGAAAUGAAAAUGUUA